AUUCGAACCUCAAACUGCAUCGACAUGUACACGAAGGUAGCCUUGAUGUGUUUGGUGGCAGUGGCUCUGGCCCGCCCUGACAAGCCUGCCCCUUCUGGUGGGUAUGGAUAUGCCCCACCAACCCCAGCGUACGCCCCACCUCAACCAUCCUAUUCAGCUCCUCAACCAUCCUAUUCAGCCCCUCAACCAUCCUAUUCAGCCCCUCAACCAUCCUAUUCAGCCCCUCAACCAUCCUACGAGAAACAUGAGGAAGGAAUGCCCUUCGACUUCGAGUACGCCGUAAAGGACCACUACAAGGGCGUCGACUUCGACCACAACUCCAACUCAGACGGCAAGGUCGUCAAUGGUCAGUACCGAGUCGUCCUCCCCGACGGUCGCACUCAGAUCGUCUCUUACACCGCCGACCACUACAACGGAUACCAGGCUGAGGUCACUUACGAGGGCGAGGCACAGUACCCAGAACCCCAGCCCUACAAGCCAGCUCCUUCGUACAAUGCCCCAGCUCCUUCAUACUCCGCUCCAGCUCCUUCCUACUCAGCUCCAGCUCCCACUUACGAGCAACCCAAACCUCUGUACGGAGCUCCACAACACUGAAGGACUUGAUAAUCCAUUACCAACACCGAGACUAUUUAUGAGUGACUUUAGAAAAAUUAUUUAAAUAUAUAUUUUAAUAUAGAA